AUGUUCUUAACUGUUCCACAUCCUGCAUUUGUUGUGUCCACAGGUAAACCCAUCAUAGAGAACAUCACCGAUGCCAUCUACGGCAGCAGGAAGACCAUCUGUGUGAUCAGCCGCAGCUACCUGCAGAGCGAAUGGUGCUCCAGAGAGAUCCAGAUGGCCAGCUUUCGCCUGUUUGAUGAGCAGAAGGAUGUUCUGAUUCUGCUGUUUCUGGAGGAGAUUCCUGCUCGUCACCUGUCUCCAUAUCACCGCAUGAGGAAGCUGGUGAAGAAGCGCACCUACCUGAGCUGGCCCCAGGCUGCACAACAUCCAGAGGUUUUCUGGCAGAACGUCCAGAGAGCUCUGCAGGCAGGGGGCGCUCUCACUGAAAACAUCGACCUGCUGCUGGACGGACCUGCAGGAUGUUGA